GACCAAAGCCCCCCCUACCUCUGUUGACGUUGAUUGUCUGUAGAUAUAGCGAAAUUAGGGUUUUUAAAUCUUGAUUUGUUGUACUCUUUUGCAUAUUGUGCAAACGUUUUCUGUUAUUUGGUUUUGGGAAUUCUAGAAUUUUCUAGAAUCAUGGAGAAGAAAAGGGUGGCUGUUCCUCUCGUGUGCCACGGCCAUUCCCGACCGGUUGUGGAUUUGUUUUACAGUCCCAUCACCCCAGAUGGGUUCUUUCUUAUCAGCGCCAGCAAGGAUUCUAGCCCCAUGCUUAGAAAUGGAGAGACUGGAGAUUGGAUUGGAACAUUUGAAGGACAUAAGGGUGCAGUAUGGAGUUGCUGCUUGGAUACGAAUGCUUUACGUGCUGCAUCUGGCUCAGCGGACUUCACUGCGAAAAUAUGGGAUGCUUUAACAGGGGAUGAAUUGCACUCAUUUGAACACAAGCACAUUGUUCGAUCUUGUGCUUUUUCAGAGGAUACACACUUCCUGCUUACUGGAGGAGUUGAGAAAAUUCUUCGUAUAUUUGACUUGAAUCGCCCAGAUGCACCUCCUAGAGAAGUGGAUAAUUCUCCUGGUUCAGUCAGAACUGUUGCAUGGCUCCAUAGUGAUCAAACAAUAUUAAGUUCGUGUACAGAUAUUGGGGGUGUAAGAUUAUGGGACGUAAGAAGUGGUAAAAUAGUCCAGACACUUGAGACUAACUCUUCUGUAACCAGUGCUGAAGUGAGUCAAGAUGGCCGUUAUAUCAUAACUGCUGAUGGGUCCAGUGUUAAAUUUUGGGAUGCUAAUCAUUUUGGGUUGGUGAAAAGCUACAAGAUGCCUUGUACUGUAGAAUCAGCAUCAUUGGAACCAAAAAAUGGGGAUAAGUUCAUUGCUGGGGGAGAAGAUAUGUGGAUUCGCUUAUUUGAUUUUCAUACUGGGGAAGAGAUCGCAUGCAACAAAGGUCACCAUGGUCCUGUUCAUUGUGUACGUUUCUCACCUGGAGGAGAAUCAUAUGCCUCCGGAUCUGAGGAUGGAACCAUUAGAAUUUGGCAGACAGGCCCUCUGACACAUGAUAACAAUGAGAUGUUCAGGGCAAAUGGAUUGACUGGAAAAGUGAAGGUGGCUGCAGAAGAGGUUUCAUGCAAGAUCGAGGGUUUUCACAUUGCAGAUGAAGGGAAAGCUGGAGAGGAGGCAGGGACUGCAUGAGGGCUGCUAAUUAUGUUUCCCCUUGCUUUGCCUAUAGCAUAAUGCUGUCUUUUCUUGGACAAUUACUCCAUUACAGAGAAAUAGACCAUCAGAUUUUGUAUACAAUUUCUAAUGACCUAGAGCCUGGAGGGUGACAUUCAGAUCAACAGUGUUGGAUGAGGACUCAGCUCAAUUUGAAUUCCCAUCCUGGACGGUUUCUUAAUUCUCCAUUGAGCAACCUUGAUAAUCUAAUUUUGUGAAAUUUCGAAUUACCGUUUGCAUUGAGUGCACUACCCUGUCUGAAAGCAGCCCUCUUCCAAAUAAUUUAUUUGAUUAUAGACAAUGUUAUGUACUUAAAGUCUCUUUAAUUUUUUUUGGAACAUGUCACAUGUCUUCUGACUUAGCAUUGUUUUAUAUGUAUUCUACCCUGUAUUGAAAAUUUAAUUCUAUGCUAGUUCACUGCAUCAGCUGGCAGAAGAUUGUUAGA